AAAAAAAAAAAAAAAAAAAGGGACUGCUAUAACUCUGAAGCUGUUUUCAGGCCAUACGCAUUAAUGCAGAGCACCCAACUAUGGCAAGGCCUCCUUAUCCAAUAUUGUAGAUUAUAAUAGAACUAACGUUGCCAUUGAGUAAUUGACUCUGUAACCGACUUCUCAAUGCUUUUUUUUCACUUGAAACGAUUCCUCGAGGAGUAUUUAAUGCAUAGCAGCUUGACAUAUCAAAACACUUGCGGGAUUCUUCAGUUACUGUUUUUUUUUUUCUUUGUGCAAAAACAAUUUAUUUGACUUCAGUUUAGUAAAUGCAAUUUGAACGGUGCUCUUACUUCUGUCAGCUUCAACCAAUACAGCUAAAAGCUUUUUCAGUUAGAAUCAAUGUUUAAUUACCAACCAGGUAUUACAGACCACUGUUAUAACAUGACCCGUUAUUUAGAUGAGUUUGAGUACUUAACUUUAAAUGUUGAUAAUUUGAUCUUGUUUUUAUUUUAGUGUUCACUUUCCUUUGCUUAUCAGUGUUGGUAUUUUGGACAAGUCUUAAUGGCCUUAAUGUGGGUUAGCUACAUUUUCAUGGUUCAUACAUGUUGACAAUUGCUCUUGUUCAUACAUGAGCAGGUUCAAUUGGGACAUACAUGGCCAGUUCAGGCCAUUGUGUGCAAGUUGCAACGGACUUACUACAUUUGCCUUAUUGAUAUAUUUCCUUUUAGGUAUGGCAUUGAGAUACUUGUAUUUGUUUCCAGUCAUACAUACUUCUGGGAUUCCUGAGUCUAUUGAGUCUAAUGGCACAUGUAAUGUCUUUGAAGGAAGUUGGAUCUAUGAUGAAAGUUACCCUUUAUACAAUGCCUCGAACUGUCCCUUUGUGGAACCCGGGUGGAAUUGCUGGGCUAAUGGGCGGAAAGAUAGAGAUUAUGCAAAAUGGAGGUGGAAGCCUAAGGGUUGUGAUCUUCCAAGGUUCGAUGCACGUGCAUUCCUUGAAAAGUUUUGUGGAAAAAGAGUGGUUUUUGUGGGUGAUUCAUUGGGUAGAGCACAGUGGGAGUCUUUUAUAUGCCUGCUUAUGGCAGGGGUGGAGGAUAAGAAGAGUGUAUUUGAAGUCAGUGGGCAUAAGAUCACUAAAACGAUUAGGUUUUUAGGUGUACGCUUCAGUUCCUUUAAUCUUAGUAUUGACUUUUAUCGAUCAGUUUUCCUGGUGCAGCAUGGUCCUUUGCCCAGGAACGCACCAAAGUGGGUCAAGAGAACGCUUAGAGUAGACAUGAUGGAUGAUAUUAGCAGAGAAUGGAUUGAUUCUGAUAUUCUCAUGUUUAACUCAGGCGGCUGGUGGACAAACGAUAGGCUAUUUCAUAAAAUGAGCUGCUAUUUUCAGGUAGGUAAUUCAUUGGAGAUGGGAAUGCCGGUCACUGCUGGGUACAGAAGAGCAUUACACACUUGGGCAUCUUGGGCAGAGACUAUGAUCAACACAACUAGGACAAGAGUAUUCUUCAAGACUUUUGAAGCAAACCAUUGGAGUGUUAAAAACUGGAAUACUUGCGAAGUGACUGCUCGACCUUCAUCAGACACGAAUGGCAGAGAGAAAAACGAGAUUUCAGACAUCAUAGUGGAAGUUGUGAAGAAAAUGAGAAUUCCUGUGACACUUCUGCAUGUUAGGAAGAUGUCUUCAUUCCGUGGCGAUGGACAUGUGGGAAGGUGGAGUGACAAUCCAUCCAAGCCUGAUUGCAGCCAUUGGUGUCUGCCUGGUGUACCAGAAACAUGGAAUGAACUUCUUUUCUCAUUUCUGCUGCCCCUAUAUUAAUUCGGCUUCCCUGCCAUUACUGCAUUUAUUAUAUACUUGCGUAUAUUGCCAUUAACAAUAAUAUAAUCAUGAG